AUGGGCUACGACUAUGCGCUGGUACAUCUCACCUACACCAUCCCGCCGGCUCUCCUCCUCACGGUCCUCUAUUACCCGCUCUUGACUCGUCUCGACCUCUACCGCAUUGCCUUCCUGAUCACGAUUGCUGUUGUUGCGACGAUACCAUGGGACAGCUACCUCAUCCAGACCAACGUCUGGUCGUAUCCUCCGAACGUCAUUAUCGGUCCAAAGCUUUACCACAUCCCACUUGAGGAGGUCUUCUUCUUCGUCAUUCAGACCUACAACACAACGUUGCUCUACUUGAUCGCAAGCAAGCCGGUACUGAAGGAGACAUACCUGGUCAAGGAAGAUCGCAAGACGAGGGCAGGGCAAAGAUGGAAGUACAUGAAGCUGGGUGGGCAGAUGGCCUUGUCGCUGCUGCUCAGGAAGUCUAUCGACUUCGUGAAGGCCAACAAGGAGAGGACAUAUCUUGGCCUCAUACUGCUUUGGGCGCUACCUUUCCUCCUGCUACUAUGGAGUUUGGCAUACCAGUUCAUCAUCUCGUUGCCGCUGUACUGCACUGCGCUUCCAAUUGCUCUACCAACGCUAUACCUCUGGGUCGUGGACACAUUAGCUCUGAAGCGUGGAACGUGGGUCAUUGAAUCUGGAACGAAGACCGGCUUGACACUCUGGCCUGGGUUGGAGAUUGAGGAAGCACUCUUCUUUCUGCUAACGAACAUGUUGAUCGUCUUUGGACUUUUAGCCUUCGACAAUGCUGUGGCUGUUCUUACAGCCUUUCCAGCGCACUUCCCACAAGUCCCGAACCUACCUUCGCCUGUGCUACUCGUUCGCGCCCUGCUUCUACCAUCUUACGCGUACGACGACGAUCGCAUACUCGGUCUCCAACAAGCCGUCACUCGACUCGAGCGCAAGUCGCGAAGCUUCUUCCUCGCGAGCAGCACCUUUCAGGGCCGAUUACGAAUCGAUCUGAUCAUUCUGUACAGCUUCUGCCGAGUCGCGGACGAUCUGAUUGACAAUGCCAAAAGUCCGAAGGAAGCGCAAGAGUGGGUCAAGAAGCUGCGGAGGUACUUGGACUUGUGCUAUGGAGCACCCGAGAUGAACAAAGACGGAAAGGCUGUCCAGCCUCAAGACGCGAAUCAAGGAUAUGCGACAAUAUACGUUAUGCAGAACUUCCCUCCAGAGACACAGCUUACGCUGCUGCUGAUGCCUACGCGGCGACUUGGGAAGGAGCCACUGUACGAGCUACUCCGAGGAUUCGACAUGGACUUGAUUUUCACAGAGAAGAAGGAAGGUGUCAAUGGACCGAUCAAGAGCGAGGAUGAUCUCGACCUAUACGGCGCGAGAGUUGCUGGCACAGUGGCAUUGCUAUGCAUACAACUGGUCCUCCACCACUACCCAGGCACGAAGGAUGCGAGAGCCAAACGACUAAUGGCUGCCGGCCACGACAUGGGCAUAGCCUUGCAAUACAUCAACAUCGCUCGCGACUUCGGAGUCGAUGCCGAGAUUGGACGCUGCUACGUCCCACCCGCAUGGCUCAAGAAGGAGAAACUCACGCCUGAAGCCUUCACAGCAGGCCUCAUGAAAGUCGCAAACAACACCAAAUCCGGCAGCACGGGAGGCGUGGACGACUUCUUCCUUAAGAAGGUCGAGACAGUCCGUGGGAGACUGCUGGAUCGUGGCUUCGACUUUUACAAGAAUAGCGUGAGAGCGAUAGAAAAGCUGCCGAAGCCCGCGAGAGCGCCGAUGAGAGUGGCUGUGGAGAGCUAUAUGCAGAUUGGCAGGGAGAUGAGGACGCCUGGCUAUCGGGUGAAAGCUGGACGGGCGACUGUGCCGAGAUGGAAGAGGAUAGCAGUCGCUUGGAAAGCUUUGUUGGGACCGAGGAGGGAUGCAUAA